AAUGACUAUCAUAAGUCAUAGGUCAAUUUUGUUGUAAACUAGUGUAAUGGGAUUCGAGGGGAGUAUCUCAAUGUUCAUCUCAUUAUAGUAAAGCUAAUAAUAAAUAUUGCGAUGACUAUGAUUAUUCAAAACCAUCGACAUAUUUAUUAUACCUCGAUGCAAACAAUCUGUAUCGUGCUGCACUGAGUCAACAUCUUCCAUAUGGAAAUUUUAAAUGGAUGACACAAUAUGAAAUUAAUGAUUUAGAUAUAUCAAAAAUUGCGGAUGAUAAUAAUUGGGGUGUCAUUUUAGAUGUAGAUAUAGAAUACGGUGAGAAUUUACAUAACGAUCAUUCUGACGUACCCUUAUGUCCGGAGAAUAUUAUACCACCUGGAUCUAAAUUCAAAAAAUUAAUUCCAAAUUUAUAUGACAAAAAAAAUUAUAUCGCUCACUAUCGAACGUUGAAACAGGCCAUUAGUCUAGGGGUUAAAAUAAAAAAAAUUAAUAAAGUAUUAAAAUUUGAACAGUCGGCUUGGAUGAAGGUAUAUAUAGAUUUAAAUACUAAAAAACGUACAGAAGCCAAGUCGACUUUCGAAAUUGAAUUUUUUAAAUUGAUGAUAAAUUGUAUAUACGGAAAAUGCUUAGAGAAUCCUGAAAAAAGAGUCGA